CGCAAAAACGAUAAAUACACAGCAAGGAUCGGUAGCUAACGUCUCCUGGCCACCGUGCACGAAACCGCUGCCUUCUCCAUUUUUUUUACUUUUACAGAGGAUCUCAACCGGCGGGCGCGUGCGGGAAUGACGAUGGGGACGCCGACGAACGCGCGCAACGCGUCCAACUGCGGCGUGGACACCGAUGACAGCUCGCACGCCUACGCCGCCGUGUUGAUCAUCGUCGCCGUCCUGGGGCUGUCGGGGAACAGCGUGGCCCUCUUCGCGUUCAUUUUCCGGCUGAAGAAGCGCAACGCCGCGCGCUGCUACUGCAUCAACUUGGCUCUGGCGGACCUCGUGUACAUGCUCACGCUGCCCCUGCGUGUCGCCACGCACCUGCAGGGCGGCAGGUGGCCUUUCGGAGACUUCGCGUGCUCCCUCGUCUUUUACGCCUUCUUCAUGAGCCUCUACAGCAGCAUCUUCUUCUUGACGGCGAUAAGCGUCAACCGCUACCUGGCCGUGGUCCGCCCGAUACAGCAGUGGCAGGACGGCAGCCGGCGAGCAAAGAUGCUGUGCUCGGGGAUAUGGGCCUUCACGGCGGUCGGCGCCUCACCCUAUCUUCUCAAAGGCGCGGGCACAAUAGGGAAGGAUGUGGUUUGCUUAGACCCACAGGUAGACUCCACGCUGAGGUUCGUCAUGAGCAACGCGUCCCUCGUGUUGGGGCUCAUUUUCCCCCUGGUCAUCAUCGUGUUCUGCUACGUGUCCAUCCUCCGCCGCUUCAACCUGGGGCCAGCAGACGGCGGCUCCAGUGCGAGGGGUCGGCUGGGCCGCGAGAAGGUCAAGGCGCUGGCCGUCAUCAUCAUCGUCCUCUUCAUGACCUGCUUCGUGCCAUACCACGUGGCGCGCACGGUCUACCUGUACCUGCGGAUGAGAGCCGACGGGCAGAGCGACGCCGGGUGGUACUGCGAGCAGGCCAACCGCAUGAAGCCCCUGAUGGGAGCCCUCGUUUGUUUCGCGGCGGGCCACGGCUGCUUCGACCCCGCCGUCUACUUCUUCUACAGCAGGCACUUCCGCAGCUUCCUCGGCCGCGUGCUGCUGCCCCGCAGGAGAGGGGCGGUCGCGCGCGAUCCCAGGGCGGCAGCCGCACGCGGAGACGCGACGUUCGCGAACUCGCGGGCGGCCGCCUCCUCGCACGACAACGAGGACCCCGCCGGCGUGCGGGACCCCCAACCUAGUGGGGGGCCGACGGGCAAGGACGCCGCGGGGUCGGCGCGAGGCAAGAGGGAUCGCCUUCAGAUCACGGACAACAGCCCGAGCAACAGCUUUCAGAGUUUCACGGAUGGGUAA